AUGAAUAGCUAUAGUCUCGCCAAUGCUGCUCGCUACGCCGUUUACCCGACUCUCCAGAUAGUUGAACAGAAGCCUGAAGUCAUCGAAUUCUACCUCAGGAACGCCGAUGCUUCCAUCGCGAACGCCUUACGACGGGCUAUCAUCAGCGAGGUUCCGACGCUCGCCAUCGACGUGGUCUCCAUCCGCGAAAACACUACCAAGUAUCCCGACGAAUUUUUGGUGCACCGACUCGGUCUAAUCCCGCUAGAAUCUUCUGCGUUCUCUUGCGAAAUGCAAGCCGUCAAAGGCAUUGGCAAGAUCCACACGAAGUGGUCCUCCGUCGCAACCGCGACCUACGUCAAUGUGUCGCACAUCUCGAUUGGUUUUCCGACUCGCGCAUGUAAGCCAUUUUGGCUUCAAGCAAGGGGUAAAAAUUGCGAACCGCCUUCUUGA